GCAGGGCCCAAAGCGAGGCUCCACAUUGAGCCAAGGGCCAUGGCGAGAGGGGGAACUCUGCGAGCGAGUGUCUCGCUGCAGUGCGCCGCUGUCCUCGGAGUCCUUUUGCUGGUCUCAUGCCCGCCCUCCGCCCUGGCCAUCUCUCCGAAUGACCAGGCAACCAACAUCGCCGAGACCAUGGCCAGGAUCAGCCAAGUGAUGAAGAGCAAACUCCCGCUGUGCCAGAACCAGACGACCGCGGAGGCGUCAGUGCUGACGCAGCUCAAGGCGAUGGAAGAGGUUAUCAUCCACCAGGAGCAGAUGCUGGGCAGCAUUCGGUUCAUGACGGACAAACUGAUGGAAACGAUCAACAGAUAUGUUGCAAGUGUUCCUCGAUGAGAUACUUGGCGUGUUUUCCAGAGGACUUUGAUUCAGUGGUUGACUUGAUCAUCAACAACGUAUUUCCGAAGUACAUUUUUGUAUAUUCUCAUUAUUGUAUAUAUCAGUAAUAAAUUGGCACACAUU